AGCGUCACCUUACAAUAAUUGAUUUUGAGUUUCAGUGUUUUAAAAUAAAAUAUCAAACAGAACGAAAUUUCAGUGUACCAUUUGUAACACUUUUGCAAGGCAAACUUACAUUCAUUUAUAACAUGAUCAUUUAUAUAAAGUAAUACUCCCUCAUAGUUUUAUAUUAGUACCGCAAAAUAGCGUAUUAUAUUUGAAUUGAAAGGUUCUGGAGAGCAGCUCUCUCUCUCUGAUCAAAAUGUUAUCCACCCCACGUCGUGUUGACGUCAUAUUCCUUCGACAGACAAGAACCAAUCAAAACGCGAGACUGUUAAGUCGUUCCAUCCCAAACACCGGACCUACGUCACACCUCAGCGUCUUUUCAAAGAGAACAACAAACAAACAAAAAAACCUGAUUGAGCUCCGCAGAGUUGUUUUUAAUUUAUUUAAGAUUUUGUUGCGCACCAGUUGACAAGGCGUGGGCGAUAAAAAAAAAACAGCUACUAAACAGAAUCCCGUGUGCUGCCAUGGACAGUGUGAAGAUGGAAUCUGACCAGAUUAAAGAGGAGUUCACUGAACUUGAACUGGUCCCCAUUAGAGUGGAGUUCUCUGGGCUGGCUUCCCUCCCCAUUAAACAGGAGCUCUGUGAGAUGCAAUGUGACAGCAGUCAGCCAGAGGUCUCUGACAUUAAAGCUGAGCAUAAUGAAUUGGAGAUCCCCCAGACAGAAGAACCCCUUCCUGUUAAACAAGAAGAGGUGCUGGAAACUGUCCGUAUUAAACUGGAGCCCCCUGAAGUAGAGUUUGACCACAUGGAACCAGGGAAGGAAGAAUCCGAGGACUUCAAACCAAACAUCCCUGAGCUGGAGCCUGUGUGCCUGCGGGAGUGUAGCGUGGUGCUGGAGAGAAUCUGCGUGAGAGAGCAAGGCGCUGGAGAGGAAGGCUCUCCCAACAGCACGCAAGGAGGUGGAAAGGAAGACGGGCGCUCCCAUUCAGAAUGCAGUCUAGCAGGUUCCAGUCCAGCAGCUAAAGCGAGGGCGGGCGGUGGAGAAUAUCCUGACUGUGGGAAAGGUUUCACCCAGUUUGGAAACCUGAAAACACACCAGCGAAUUCACACAGGAGAGAAACUGUAUCGCUGCUCUGACUGUGGGAAGAGUUUCAGUCGGUUAGGAAACCUGAAAAGACACCAGCGAAUUCACACAGGAGAGAAACCGUAUCGCUGCUCUGACUGUGGAAAGGUUUUCAGGGAUUUAGGAACCCUGAGACAACACAAGCGAAUUCACACUGGAGAGAAACCAUUUAAUUGCUCUGACUGUGGGAUGAGUUUCAGUCAUUCAGGACACCUGAAAGCACACCAGCGAAUUCACACUGGAGAGAAACCAUAUUGCUGCUCUGACUGUGGGAAGAGUUUCAAUCAGUCAGGAUCCCUGAAAGCACACCAGCGAAUUCACACAGAUAAACUGUAUCGCUGCUCAGACUGUGGGAAGAGUUUCAAUGUGUUUCAAAACCUAAAAAGACACCAGCGAAUUCACACUGGAGAGAAACCAUAUUGCUGCUCUGACUGUGGGAAGAGUUUCAAUCAGUCAGGAGACAUGAAAAAACACCAGCGAAUUCACACAGGAGAGAAACCAUUUUGGUGCUCUGACUGUGGGAUGAGUUUCAGUUACACAGAAGCCCUGAAAGCACACCAGCAAAUUCAUCUAGGAUAUAGCCUGUAUUGCUGCUCUGACUGUGGGAAGAGUUUCAGUUUUUCAGGGUACCUGAAAACACACCAGCGAAUUCACAAAGGAGAGAAACCGUAUUGGUGCUCUGAAUGUGGAAAGAGUUUCAUUAACAUAGGAAAUCUUGAAAAACACCAGCGAAUUCACACAGGAGAGAAACCAUAUCUCUGCUCUGACUGCGGGAAGAGUUUCAGUCACACAGAAUACCUGAAAGCACACCAGCGAAUUCACACAGGAGAGAAACCGUAUCGCUGCUCUGACUGUGGGAAGAGUUUCCGUUUUAAAACCAACCUUCAUACACACCAACGAAUACACACAGGAGAGAAACAGUAUCGCUGCUCUGACUGUGGGAAGAGUUUUCGUGCUAAAAAUGACCUUCAAGUACACCAACGAACUCAUACAGGAGAGAAACCGUAUUGGUGCUCUGACUGUGGCAAGCACUUCCGUCAGGCAGGAGCUCUGAAAUCACACCAGAGACGAAGCCCAUGUUCAUUCAGAAUGAAACCUUAACCUUGCAUUAUGAGUCCCUGUGUAAUUUACUGUUUUGUGUAUCGCUCUAGAGCUUGAAUUUUAAAUGGUCAGAGUGCUCUUCAACAACUUGCACUGUGAUUGUGUCAGAAAGUGGGCGGAGACGCGGACACGUCACAAGAGGCUUCUCUGCUGUCAGUUUAACUCAGGCUGUCAAUGCAGUCAGUGCCUGGGAGCGGGAAUAUGCAGAAAGGAAACUAUUCCGCACCUCAUCUGAUGGACGAGUCAGGAGAAAUUGAUAACUCAGUGUGGGGAAUGAGCUUCAGGGUUUAGCAUUUAAACUGCAUAGACUUGAAAAUAAAUACAUUGAUGGGAACGAGUAUCCCGACCCCGGUAUGUAGCAUCCCAGAGACAAGACUGCACCGUCCUUACUGGACAACCGCCUGGAGGGUUUGUCUUGUACAUUCAUCAUGUUUCUAAAACAAAUGAUAGUGUCCCAGUGAUUGAAUAUUUUGCAAUAUGCAUUGUCCAUGCUUUUAUUUUACCCUGCUUUUGUAAACUGCAUCAUAUAAUACAAGUGUAGCACGCAUGUGUACGGGUCAUAGGUACAGAAACUCAGACAGGUUUUAUCCCGGCUCUUUCUUGCUCUUUUGCAGUGUUGGACCAUAAGAGUAGUUAAAGGGCUCCUCUGUGGUAUGAUUGUGUGGCACCUGCAGAUGUACAAGGGAGUGGAGAAAUGUGUAACAUUGUAGAGCUUACCAGGAAUCGGCCCCGGUAGCCAUGGCGACUUGAGGUGAAAUGGCCUGAUCACCAUAGUAACACCAAUAUGUAUUGGGGGAGAACGCCUCUCCCGAAUUCCUGAGCUUUGGAGGCCCUGAAUAAACAAGAUCGGAUUGCACCUGGACUCCAAGGUGAGAGGUUGAAGAUGAAAAGUCCUUUGUGCUAGGGUUAGGUUUUCAUUUAGAAGAGAGAGCUACGGGUAACAGCCUUACGAGAGCUCUUCACAAUAUUCAACAGGGACACCCCAUAGUUUGAUCAACAUUAUAAGAAACUUAAAUCAAAAGGACAUAAAGAGAAACUCGACCAACUGGGUUGCAAUCGAAGAAAGGAAAAGUCAACAAAUGUUGAACCAAUAAUGAAUGAACUGAUUCAGCCUGCUGCCACUGGUCAAAUUUACAGCAAGAGUUUUCCAAUCCACUGAGCGAGUCUGGGUUGUGUGACCAGGAAUACAAGCAAAUCCUACAGGCCUCUGACGCUGGGAAAUUGAACCUCAGACAUAAUACAUGUAACGGUGUUCAGUUUAAGGGCCGUGGAUUCUAACUGAAGGAUGUAUAAAUAAACAACAGAUUGCUAAAGAAUGAAUUACGAUUUCAUAAUAUCCUAUUAGAAUUUACUGAGUUUAUUGUUCUUUCCUGACUCAUAUAUAUUGAAACAAUUCUAACCUGCAUCGACUGCAAGACAAAGGAAACUUCUGGAGUGGAAAUGUAGCUGUGCUGGACAGCAGCUGGAAUUGAGUUCAAAACCAGUAUAAAUAUGAGUAGUGUUAGAGCUCUUGUGAGAUCAGAGAAAGAAUAGAACACUGCACCCCUCUGCAUCUCCAAGUAAGAGAUGUGCAUGUCAAUACCUCCCUGCAGUGCUUGCUGUUCCCUGUUUAAUAAAGCAUUGGUAUUAAACUCUUGUACUGAGUGCAUCAUUCUGCGUUAACCCAUUCCAGAGACUCACCCCCAAGUGUUUAGUUUAGGCUCAAACUUCUUCCACACAUUGUAAUUGUUAUAUAAACAGAAUACCACUUAUGUAAUCACAGAAGGGUUUUGUCCACUGGAGUUAGGAUGUGUUGCAAUGGAGCUGCACUGACUCAUGCUGGAGGCUCAUUGCACCAUUAUUAACAUAUGGAUGCAGUGUCCAGUGUAAUAAGAGAUAACAGAAGACUGUUGCUAGACUGUUGUAGUGUUUUAUUAUUAUGAUGAUGAUGAUGAUGAUGAUGUUAGUGCUCUGUGCAGUAAAGGGUUACCUGGAGGUGUUUUGUGCAACCGGUCCCUGGUUUUCAUGAAUUGUGAGUGAUGACAUUUAGAAUGAAUUAAAAACACACAAAACAAAUGCACUGACUGGCUUCUGUAAUAUCACAAAAAAUACAACACAAAACAGACACAUAUAAAAAGCAUCAUUGCAUUUAGAUUUGAAUACAACACAAAACAG